GUAACCUGCACCGCACUCGUCGAGCUUUUUUUUUUCAAUAUUUUCAAAGACCCAGUGACUAGCCUCAGCGUCUGCUGAAAUUUCUCGCCGAUACCUGAAAUUUCUCGACUGUGAUUCGACGGCUUCGUGGUCAACCGGUUGACAUUGGAUAUCAUCCCCCUGCAGGACAUGGGCUUCAGCAAGGACGACCACAGGAUCUCGGUAGGAGUCCACCAAGUCACGGAAAGAGACCUUCAAGGAGCUGGUGGUGGCGGUUCUGCCUCGGGGUACAACAAUCCGGGUCUCAACAUUUCAAGUACGAGCAUUAAUGUGAGACCUGAAUCCACGUUUAUGGGAAGCAAUGACUUUAUUGUGAUAGACAACACCAAAAAGAAGAAUACCGCCGUCGAGGCGAUCAAGUCGGCGGUGCCAUGGGUGAAGAGGAAAGCUCGGGGCGCCUGCUCGAAGAAGAUGCUCUACAGAAGACUGCCGUUCCUCAACUGGAUGACCAACUACGACUCCUCCAUGGCCGUGGGGGACCUGGUGGCGGGCAUCACCGUGGGUCUCACGGUCAUACCCCAGGCCUUGGCCUACUCGAAUAUCGCGGGUCUACCCGCAGAAUACGGACUUUACAGCUCGUUCUUGGGCUGCUUCGUGUAUAUUUUCCUCGGUAGCAGUAAGGACGUCCCUAUGGGGCCGUCGGCCAUUUCCGCCCUGUUGACGUUCCAGGUCGUCAAUGGGCACGGGCCCCAGCACGCCAUUUUGUUGUGUUGCUUGACUGGACUGAUUCAGGUGCUCAUGGGGCUCUUUGGAUUAGGAUUCCUGAUAGAUUUCGUAUCAGGACCGGUUUCCUCAGGUUUCACGUCAGCCGUAGCGCUCAUCAUAGUGACGUCGCAAGUGAAAGACGUUUUAGGCACCAAGGGAUCGGGCACAACCUUUGUGGACACGUGGAAGAACAUAUUUCAGGACAUCCACAACACCCAAGCAUGGGACGCCGUUUUGGGUAUAACAUGCAUAGCCGUUCUACUGAUAUUAAGAAUCAUCGGUUCUCUCAAGCUGAAACCGAAAUUCGAUGAAGUAGAACCGAGCGGCAUCAAAAAACUUAUCAACAAGGCCCUGUGGCUGAUCGGGACUGCCCGCAACGCCAUCUUGGUAAUAGUGUGCGGUUUCAUAGGAUACAGCUUCUGGCUCAAUGGGCCAGUUCCUUUUAAAGUCAUCGGUGCCGUCCCCCAGGGCAUGCCGACUGUUAAACUACCACCUUUCGGCUUUACCCAGGAGAUCAACGGAACCAUGAUCACGCAGACUUUCUUCCAAAUGGUCAGCGAUCUGGGUAGCGGGAUCAUAGUGGUGCCGCUGAUAACGCUGUUGGAGAAUAUCGCCGUCUGCAAGGCGUUUGCGAACGGUAAAAUGGUGGACUCCACCCAAGAGUUCAUAGCCAUCGGGGUAUGCAACCUGGCCAACUCCUUCGUGCAGGCCUUCCCGAGUACGGGCUCUCUGUCCAGGAGCGCCGUGAACAAUUCCAGUGGCGUGCGCACGCCUCUCGGGGGACUCUACACCAGCAUCCUAGUCAUCGCGGCGCUGCUGGUCUUUACCCCCUAUUUCUCCUUCAUACCCAAGGCCACGCUGGCUGCCGUCAUCAUAGCCGCCGUCAUCUUCAUGGUGGAGGUCAAGGUGGUCAAGCCCAUGUGGAGGUCGAAAAAGAGCGACUUGAUCUUGGGUUUCGCAACGUUCAUAGCCUGCUUGGUGCUCGCUCUGGAAAUAGGAAUCCUCAUCGGAGUAGGCAUUAAUUUGUUGUUCAUCCUGUACCAUGCCGCUAGACCUAAAAUCAGCGUGGAAAAAUUGCGGUCCGCCGGAGGCAUCGACUACCUGAUGCUGACCCCCGACCGCUGCUUGAUCUUUCCCUCCGUCGACUACGUCCGCAACCUGGUGACCAAACAAAGUAUCCGCCAAGGCAUCCCCGUCGUCAUCGACUGCUCCCACAUCUACGGCGCCGACUACACCGCCGCCACCGUCGUCGAGAGCCUGACGCAAGACUUCGCCGCCAGGGACCAGCCCCUCUUCUUCUACAACCUGAAGCCGUCCGUAAGCUCCGUAUUCGAGGGAUUGUCCCCCAAGGACUUCGUGGUGUUCUACAACGAGGACGAGGUGGACGAGCUGCUGAGAAACCGGUCCUGCAUCAAGAAGCAGAUCGAGAUGCAUCAGGACGCGUGACUGAAGUGAAUUGUCACGUUCGGAACGAAGUUGGCCUUGGUUAAGCUGCCUUACACUAGCGGUCUUUCGCGCGGGAUUGGAACGGGGUUACUUGUAGAGUUAAUCUAAGUUACAAAAAAGGAAUGACAUUGAUAUUCCUUUGUUGGUGAUUUUUUAAAUCAGUAGGGCCAAUGGGCGUUCAAAAACAUUGUAAACAUUGCGUUUGUUUUCUUCAUGGUGCCACCGUUAUGCUACUUAAUCAGUAUUUUUGUAUUUAUUGUUGUUAACUUGACCGAAGUGGUUGCGUAUUUUGUAAUUAUUGUUGAAUCUGCCAAAGUAUUUAUAUUGGUUGUAGAAGAAUCGUUAGAAAGACUCGGAAGUUUUGUAUUUUUGUAGAGUAUGUAGGUAGUUUAUUUAUUUCAUAUAGUACUUAUAGUGUUUAGUACUUAUAAAUAAUGUCCAAGCGAAAACGAAUUGUUGUUAAUAUGUACAUAUUACUUUGUAUGUAGUUCUAGAGAUAACUGUGAUAUUAAACUUUUUCA